AUGUCUGUAUUAAAACAGCAAAACUCUGAGCGAACCAACCAGGGUAUCGUCGACGGUCGACCAGAAGGUCAAGAGCCUGAACACGGCGCUCCCAUCACUCUCGAUACCGUCGUGGACAAAGACGCUUCAUUAUCCAAUGCUGAACAUAGCUGUAUGGCGCACACGUCUGCUUCACAAACAAUAAAUGGCGCAACGUCCGCCGAAGUAAAUGAUUCGUUGGGGAAGCCGGGUUCAGGUAUGAGCUCGAAAGAGAAACAUCAUGAUGGUAUGCCUGGACGCAAGAAACAGGAAAUAGGUGAAAUGCAAUGGCAGAAGUAGAGUGUUCAUAGUACAUCAAUGUAGAGCAAAGGUCAAAAGUAUUGAUCAGCCUUGGGAGCAUAUUUGAGUAAAUUUGAGUACAUGGCAGACUCUAACACUUUGAUACACUACACCAAGUCCUCGUCUUCGGGCCAAUUGCGAAUACUCGACUUCCACUCAUUCCAACUAACUUUCAAUUUUACAAGAUCCUUUGUAGCUAGAUGAUGUUUAACCACAAUGAGUUGAACAUAGAGACGAAGUUGAGUGGAUACUCACUCUCGUGGCAGACUGCAUCAAUU